GUAAAGAGAUUCCCCCCCAGGCGACUCUGAUGUUUGACAUCCUGUUGGUGGACAUUCAUAACCCAAAGGAUAACAUCACCAUUGAGGAGCUGGUGGUGCCCGAGUCGUGCAAGCGCAAGUCGGUGGUUGGGGAUUACAUCCGGUACCACUACAACGGUACCUUCCUGAAUGGAGUCACCUUUGACACCAGCUACAAGAGGAACAGCACAUACAACACCUACAUUGGGAUGGGGUAUGUGAUUGCAGGCAUGGACUAUGGACUGCUGGGAGUCUGCACUGGAGAGAAACGGCGAGUCAUCAUCCCUCCACACCUGGCAUAUGGAGAGCAAGGAGCAGGUGAUGUCAUCCCCCCCUCUGCCGUGCUGGUGUUUGACGUUCACGUCAUCGACUUCCACAACCCCAGCGACUCUGUGGACAUCCAAAUCAUCCACAGACCUGAGACAUGUAAUGACACCACUGCUCUGAAUGACCUCGUCCGCUACCACUACAACUGCACCCUGGUGGACGGCACACCGCUCUUUUCCUCACACGACUAUGAGAACAUUCAAGAUGCAGUGCUGGGGGCGGACAAGGUGAUCGAUGGGCUGGACCAAGGCUUGCGAGGCAUGUGUGUAGGAGAGAGGAGGGUGCUAACGGUGCCGCCUCAUCUCGGCCACGGAGAAAAAGGAUCCACUGGUGUGCCCAGCAGUGCUGUGUUGGUGUUUGACAUUGAACUGGUGAGCUUUGAGAAGGGAGUUCCACCUGGUUACCUGUUUGUGUGGCUGGAGGACACUCCUGCAGAUCUGUUUCAAGCCCUGGAUGUCAACAAGAACGGAGAGGUGCCCCAGCAGGAGUUUGAGGAGUUUAUCAAGCUGCAGGUGGCAGACGGCAAAGGUCGUAUAAAGCCAGGACUGAUCGUGGAGCAGGUAAUUGCUGACAUGUUCCAAAACCAG